UGUGGAAGUGGUCAUUAUGAUUUAUCUAUUUCUUCCCGUGACUUUUCUCACCUGCACAGCUACAUCUGCUCCAUUCAAAUGCUCAGCGCAGGGAGACUUUGAUCAGCCUGCAUUUAUGGCAGAUGGAGAUAUCACAAUAGGAGGAAUCUUCCCUUUGCAUUACAGAGUGGAACUACCAACAACUGAUUACACAAACAAACCUUCAGCAGCACAAUGUCAAGGGUUUGAUUCCAGAGCAUUUCGCUGGGCUCUUGCCAUGCGUCUUGCCAUAGAUGAGAUCAACAACAAUACAGACCUGCUACCCAACCACACAUUAGGCUACAGGAUCUUUGACUCCUGUGCCACCCCAGUCACAGCUCAGAGGGCAGUCCUGGCUGUACUGAAUGAUCAAGAGAGUGCUCAAAGCUCUACUUGUUCUGGUGGGGGCCCAUUGCUCGGCAUCAUUGGAGAAUCUGGUUCUUCUCAAUCCAUUGUUGUCUCUCGAACAAUGGAGACUUUCAAAAUACCUAUGAUAAGCUAUUUCUCAACCUGCUCUUGUCUCAGUGAUCGAAAACAGUUCCCAACGUUUUUCAGAGUAGUCCCAAGCGAUGAUUACCAAGUGAAAGCUGUCGCUCAACUCUUAAGAAGAUUUGGAUGGACGUGGAUAGGCGUGGUCACCGAAGACCACGAUUACGGCAGGUUUGCUUUACAAGGGCUGAAGCGAGAGAUAGAAAACACUGACAUCUGUCUGGCAUAUCAUGAGAUGAUCCCCAAAGAUUUCAGACGAGAGAGGGUUCUUGAGAUCCUGAACGUGAUGAGAAAGUCCACAGCAAGGGUGGUGGUUGUGUUUUCUGGCGAAGGGGAAUUCUACCCUUUCCUAAGUGAAUUCAUGCAUCAAAACAUCACAGGGAUCCAGUGGAUAGCCAGCGAGGCCUGGGUCACUGCCUCAAUAUUAGCAGAGACAUACCCUUUCUUAGCCGGUACAAUUGGAUUCGCUGUCCGUCAAGGAUAUGUGCCAAGCUUGAAGGAAUAUCUGACGACGGUGAACCCACAGAGGUAUCCCUCAAACCCCCUGGUGCAGGAACUGUGGGGGGCUCUGUAUGGCUGCUCAGCCUUCCCUUCCAGCACUGGCACUCAGCUGCCCCUCUGCACAGGGCAGGAGACCCUCAGCAAUCAGCACUCAGCUUACAUGAACACCUCUAGCCCUCGUGUCACUUAUAAUGUGUACAAAGCAGUGCAUGCCAUUGCCUACUCCCUACAUAAUCUAUUUCAGUGUGUGCCUGGAAAUGGGCCUUUUGAGAAUUUGUCAUGUCCAGACAUUAGUAAUAUACAUCCAUGGCAGCUUCAGCAUUAUCUUCAGGAGGUGUCUUUCUCAGUCUCUGGUGAAAAAAUCAACUUUGAUGCCAGAGGAGAUUCAAUUCCUUCAUAUGAUCUGAUAAAUUGGCAAAGACACUCAAAUGGAGACAUUGAAUUUGUCAAAGUGGGUCUUUAUGACGGUGCACGCGAUGCUGGGAGAGAGCUGGUGAUCCAGGAUCAAGCAAUUGUGUGGCCUGGUAAUCAGAGCAAGGCCCCGUUAUCUGUCUGCAGUGACAGCUGUACUCCAGGAUUUAGGAAGGCUACACGUAAUGGGGAGCCUCUGUGCUGCUUUGACUGUGUACCAUGUGACAGUGGCAAGAUUAGUAAUCAGACAGAUUCAAUAGACUGCAUGGCUUGUCCUGAAGAAUUCUGGUCCAAUACCAAUGGAACAGCUUGCAUCCCCAAAAUAAUUGAGUUCCUCUCCCAUAGGGAUACAAUGGGCAUUGUCCUUAUGGUGACAGCCAUUGCUGGGUCUUGUUUAACAAUUGCUGUUCUGGCAAUAUUUUUACACCAUCGAGGAACUCCCAUCGUGCGAAUCAACAACUCCGAGCUGAGCUUCUUUAUCCUUCUCUCUUUGACACUGUGUUUCCUGUGUGCAUUGAUCUUUAUUGGAGAGCCCACUUCCUGGUCAUGCAUGCUGCGCCACACUGCUUUCAGCAUCACCUUCUCCCUCUGCAUCUCCUGCAUCCUGGGGAAAACGUUAGUGGUUCUGGCUGCUUUCACAGCCACCCGGCCUGGAAACAAUGUGAUGAAAUGGCUCGGGCCUGUGCAGCAGAGGAUCAUCAUCUUUAGCUGCACUUUAGUCCAGAUGAUCAUCUGUACAGCUUGGCUCAUAGCCUCCCCUCCAUUCCCGUACAGAAACACACAGUACCAACACUCCAAGAUCAUUCUGGACUGCAGUGUGGGCUCAGAUCUGGCCUUCUGGUGUGUGCUGGGCUACAUUGGCCUCUUAGCCUGUGUAUGCUUUAUUCUGGCCUUCCUGGCUCGCAAAUUACCUGGGAAUUUUAAUGAAGCUAAAUAUAUCACCUUUAGCAUGUUGAUAUUUUGUGCAGUGUGGUUGGCUUUUGUGCCAGCCUAUGUCAGUUCACCUGGUAAAUUCACUACUGCUGUGGAGAUAUUUGCUAUUUUAGCUUCAAGCUUUGGCCUCCUUUUUUGCUUAUUUGCUCCAAAGUGUUACAUUAUUUUACUGAAACCUGAGAAGAAUACAAAACAGCAUCUAAUGGGGAAAGCAGUAAAAUAAUUGUUGCACAUUUCAUAUACAUUUAUCAUGUAAAAUUUAAUUAUGAUUUUUUUAUUAAACUAAUCUGUUGUGAUAAUUAUCAUGAUCCACAUCUAUUUAAAUUAUUUAUAUGGAAUACAUUUGAGGACAGCUAUUGAAGCAAGAUGUUGUGGUGAUAUUGUGUUUGAUCUCAUUUGUAAU